GGCUGUUCCUCAGCUCCGGCUUUGCCCUCACGCAGCCCGGGGGGCCCUGAGAGCGCGGGGCGGGGCUGUGCCGUGUGCAGAGCCCGCCCCUGGCUGCGAUUGUUGGGUCAUGCCGUCAGUCGCGGUUCUGGCGCGCUGAUUGGUGGGAGCGGGGCGGAGCAGGGCCCCGGUGCCGGGCUGAGGGCGGCCGUGGCUGCGCAGGGGCGCCGUUGGCGGCGCGUCUGUGCGGGCCCGGGAUCGGCGGCAGCAGCGGCCGGAGUCCGGGGAGGCGGCGGCGGAGCUCGGAGGCGACCGCGGCGCAGGAUUUUUCGUUCCCAAGCUGUGGCCAGAUGGAGGAGAAGGAAGAUCCCUGGAGAUGCCGCACAAGGAGGGGCUGCAAGGAGGAAAGAUCCCCCCUGAGCCAGGAAGGCGUCCGAAUAUUCAUCCAGAGCUCAGAGCUAAUGGAGAAGCCUCAUGGUAGGGAGAAGUCACACAAGUGCUUGGAAUGUGGAAAGGGCUUUGAGUACAGCUCCGACCUGAGAAAACACCAGAGGAUCCACACUGGGGAACGGCCCUAUGAGUGUGGGGAAUGUGGUAAGAGCUUCAGCCACAGCUCCAACCUGAGGAAACACCAGAGGAUCCACACUGGGGAAAAGCCUUAUGAUUGUGGGGAAUGUGGGAAGAGCUUCAGCCAGAGCUUCCACCUGAGGGAACACCAGAGGAUCCACACUGGGGAAAAGCCCUUUGAGUGUGGGGAAUGUGGGAAGACCUUCAGGAAGAUCUCUGGCCUGAUCCAGCACCAGGUGAUCCACAAUAGCAAACGGCCUUAUGAGUGCUUGGAGUGUGGGAAGAGCUUUGGGUGGAGCUAUGCCCUGAGAAGCCACCACCAGCGCAUUCACUCUGGGGAGAGGCCCUACAAGUGUCUGGAGUGUGGAAAGAGGUUCCAGUCCAGCUCCAAUCUCCUCGUACAUCAGCAGAUUCACACAGAGGAGAGGCCCUUCCGCUGCUCUGACUGCGGGAAGGGCUUCAAGUGCAACUCAUACCUCAUCCUGCACCAGCGCGUCCACACUGGGGAGAGGCCCUACGAGUGUCCCCAGUGUGGGAAGAGGUUUCAGAGGAGCUCUGAUCUCCUUGUACAUGAGCGGAUUCACACCGAGGAGAGGCCCUUCCGCUGCCCCGACUGUGGGAAGGGCUUCAAGCACAACUCCACCCUCAUCAAGCACCAGCGCAUCCACACUGGGGAGAGGCCCUACAAGUGUGGGGAGUGUGGGAAGAGCUUCUCCAGCAGUUCUAACUUGACCCAACACCAACGGAGGCACCACUAAGGGAAGCCCUGUGAGUGCCCCGAGUACGGGAAGAGCUUCAUGCGCUGCUCCAGCUCCAUCCCCCAUGGGAGGAUCCAUGUUGGAUGAUCCCCAUUGACCUCCAUUGGGCAGAGCCCUGGUGAUCCAUGGUCCAGGUGAUCCAUGUGUCCUGGUGUGAGAGGAAGUGAGUUUUUUGGGAUGCUGUGGUCAAACCGAUAGGUGCUCAGCUUUGAAUAUUGGCACCUGGUGUGGCCAGUAGGACAUGGGUACGCCUCUGAGAACACACAGGGGUUGAAAGCGGGGAGCUCCCAGCAGGAAGGUCUCUUUGGUUCUGUCCGUGAAAGAGAUCAGACCUGCCCUGCCCAGCUGCAGGCUGGGUGGCAGAGGCGAAGCCAUGCGGCCGGGUGAGGUGGGACAGAAAAGGGAGGUGAAGGCCCAUGCAGGAUGGAAGGGUGGAGGAACCCUGAGAGACACUGGGUAGCCCACCCCCCAAGGGAGAGAGAGAGGGAGCCUGUGCCUGUGCUGGUGCCACCUUGAAAUUUGAUAGCACGGCCUGGCCAAGAAGGAGAUAAGGGGGGGGGUAGGGGGAUGCAGCAAGAAGGUGGCCGGCAGGGCAGCGUGAGAGUUCUGGACAGGCAGAGCCUGAGACUUUUCUUGCUGGAACCUUACAAAUGCUGAUCCUCCUGGAGCUGAAUGAGGAGAGAGAUAGAGAUGGAAUAGCUGGAAAUGGGCAAGUGUGAUGAAAGUCCGUGCAAGUGAAAGAUGUCUGAGAGAAGUUGAGAAGAAUUCUAGGUGGGAGGAGAUGAUGGAGUGGCCUUUGGUUGGACUUUUCUUGUAUAGCCAUGGACAGAACCAUUUUUUUCCUGUGACACAAAGGCUGCAUUUAGGGGGGAGGCAGUGGCUCAGAGCCAAGAGAGUGCAGGGAUGUGAUGUGAAGGACUGCGUGAACAGACACGACGGGUGAGGAGGGUUGUGGUGGUGCCCUCUGUCUUCAGGGAAGAUCUCUGUUCUCAAAACCCCUCGGCCCCAGGGGGUGAAUCUGGGGGGGGACAGGUGUCCCGAAAGUGAGAGACUGUGCUCUUUUCGGAACUGGGCAAAGCAUCCUUAAAAGGAAAACCCUAGAAGCAGCUCUGGUCCGUGCGCAGUGGUGAGAGCACUGGGCAUGGAAUGAAGAUGUCAUGAUGGCAAAUGAUCCCUUGGCAGUGCCACAUGUGACAUGGAAACACAAGAGGUUUCAACUGGGUUUCCUGGGGAAGCCCAUGGUACAAGAGGGACUCCUCUCUCCUUGAUGAACUGAGAAUUGAUUAUGUAAAGCAUGGUGAUGGACUGAGAGUUGAUAAUCUGAGGGGUGGAUGAAUUGGAAAUUUGGUGGGGGGAGAAGGAAUGUUUUGGAAGGUUUUCAUUCCGAGUUGUGUGUGUAUUUCUCUUUAUAUAUAAUUGUAGGUUAAUAAAGUUUUUUCCCUUUUAUUCCUAA